AGCGCCACCGGCUUCGUGAACGCCUUCCCAGACCUCACUUCCGGUUUCCUCGCGCUCCCUUGGCGCAGAGCCCACGGACAGUGGCAACCGCUUUUCCGCCAGUAAACUGCUUGUCCACCCUUCUAGCCCCUUCGACAUCGCUUCCCCUCUACGGUACUCGACGCGGCCGGCGGGCCGUGUGGGUCCUGGCGAGGCCGGCCCUCGCCGGCAGGCCUGGGUCUCGCGCGCGUGUUGCUGGGUAACGGGCCUUUUCCCGAGACUGCUUGGCCUCUCUUGCCAGAGCUUCCAGGGCCAGUGCCGAAGGACAGGGUUGCGCUGGGCGUGGCGUAGCCGACACAGAAGAAAUGGGAAUCCCUCCGAGGCGCACCUGCAGCGAUUGCCUUCGCUGGGGAAGCGGCAGCGUCUUCGAGGAAACCGGAAGCCCUUGGUGACCCCUGGUGACCCGGUUUGGUUUUGGUCCCUUCCCAAACACUGGGGAAUCGAAACUCCGAGGCCCUGGGGGCGGCCCUACGUAACCUGGCUUAGGGGAUUUAUUGUCAAAGGCAGAAUUUCUUCAGGCAGCUGUCAUGGAUACAAUGGUAGAAGAUGAUAUCUGCAUUCUGAACCAUGAAAAAGCCAAUAGAAGAGACACAGUGACUCCAAUUUCAAUAUAUUCAGGAGAUGAGUCCGUUGCUUCACAUUUUGCCCUUGUCACUGCAUAUGAAGACAUCAAAAAACGACUUAAGGAUUCAGAAAAGGAGAACUCAUUGUUAAAGAAAAGAAUAAGAUUUUUGGAAGAAAAGCUUAUUGGAGCUCGAUUAGAUGAAGAAACAAGUUCUGUGGGACGAGAACAAGUAAAUAAGGCCUAUCAUGCAUAUCGAGAGGUUUGCAUUGAUAGAGAUAAUCUGAAGAGCAAAUUGGAUAAAAUGAAUAAAGACAACUCUGAAUCUUUGAAAGUAUUGAAUGAACAGCUACAAUCUAAAGAAGUAGAACUCCUACAGCUAAGGACAGAGGUGGAAACUCAGCAGGUGAUGAGGAAUUUAAAUCCACCUUCAUCAAAUUGGGAGGUAGAAAAAUUGAGCUGUGACCUGAAGAUUCAUGGUUUGGAACAAGAGCUGGAACUAAUAAGAAAAGAAUGUAGUGAUCUCAAAAUAGAACUACAAAAAGCCAAACAAACGGAUCCCUAUCAGGAAGACAAUCUGAAAAGCAGAGAUCUCCAAAGACUAAGCAUUUCAAGUGAUAAUAUGCAGCAUGCAUACUGGGAACUGAAGAGAGAAAUGUCUAACUUGCAUCUGGUGACUCAAGUACAAGCUGAACUACUAAGAAAACUGAAAACCCCAACUUCAAUCAAGAAAGCCUGUGUCCCAGGCGGAUGCAUUGAAGACCUUGGGAAAGACAGCACAAGACUACACUUGACGAAUUUUACUGCAACAUACACAAGACAUCCCCAUCUGUCACCAAAUGGCAAGGCUGUUUGUCAUACUACAUCUUCCCCUUUACCAGGAGAUGUAAAGAUUUUAUCAGAGAAAGCAAUCCUCCAAUCAUGGACAGAUAAUGAGAGAUCCAUUCCUAAUGAUGGUACAUACUUUCACGAACACAACUCUUAUGGCAGAAAUUCUCUGGAAGAUAAUUCCUGGGUUUUUCCAAGCCCUCCUAAAUCAAGUGAGACAGCAUUUGGGGAAACUAAAAGUAAAGCUUUGCCUUUACCGAACCUGCCACCACUCCAUUACUUGGAUCAGCAUAAUCAAAACUGCCUUUAUAAGAGUUAAUCCUGAAGAGAUUCAUGAUCUGAUCAUGAGGACACUAUCUCUGUCAGUGGUUCUCCCAAGAAAUUAUUUAACAAGCAGAAUGGAUUUUGAUUAAAAUUUUACAGAGUUCUUCAGUAUAAACAUUUGAACAUAUUGUAUAAUAUUAUGUAGUUGAUUUUCCAGUAUGAAAGCAUCCUCUAGUUCCACAUUCUGAGAAUCAGAUAUAUGCUACUGUACUAAUUAAUAAAUAAACGUAAGUUGUUUAUAAAAGACGAUUCUACCUUUAAUGACAAUUGUAAUAUUUUGCCUCUCAGAUAAAGGAUGGAAUUGGAGAUCUGAGACAUGGUGUUACAAAGUAUAUGAAAUGCUAGUCAUAAAAAUAAGAGGAAGCAUUAAUAAAGGACCUAGUAUGUUACUUCAAAUUACAUAAUAGAACAAAUGGCAGUGGGAAUAGAUUGUAUUUCUGUUAAAUAUAUGCAUAAAGAAAAACAUUGUAAUGGAAUAAAAGCAUCGUAGGUUAUAUCAUCUCUAUAUAGUAUUAUGUUUCAGAGUUUAAGAUUUAAAAUAAGUUUAGUCAUGAUGGUGUUUAUUGAUAAAAUUUAAAAUUGCAAUUUGAAUUCUAAGACUUGAAAUAACCUAGUCAUUGAAGCCAGUACAUCCUUCAAGUCCUAAUUGAAAAUAAAAUGAAAUAGUUGAAAAACUAUGUGAUGUGGAAAUAAGUGAUUAUAACUCUAUACACCAUUCAAUUAGAAGUAGAAAGAGUAUCACACAGGUUUCAGUCUUAUCUGUCCUUUUAGUGAUCAUAAUGAAAACCUAAAUGUAUAACUUAUAAAGUCAUUUUCUUCAGAGCGACUAUAGUUGCUUAUGUAGAGCAGCUUAUAAACUGUUAGACUGUUUUGAAAUGUAAUAUUUUACUUAUUGAUAAAGUGGAAUUAAUUAGGAAUUUUAAUUCUAGAAAUUAAAUUUUGUGCUAUGUUGAUAUACUACAAUCAUGAAAUGUCCCUAAAAUCUUUUAAUCUAAGUGGUCCACCACUUGUAAACAUCAUGAAAAUAAUAAAGACGGCUUCAUAAUGAAAUUUAGCUAAAUUGUUUCAGGAUGGAGGUAUUAAGAAUAUUAGUAAUGUAUCACUUGGUUCAUACACCUUUUCCCUGAGUUAAAGUGUUUCAUAUAAGAGGACUACAUCCUUUUUGAUAGUUUCAUAUAUCUUGAACUGAAAAAAAACUAUCUCAAAUCUCUUCUAUAUUACUGAAUAGCAUACAUACAUCGACAGUAUUCACCAUUUGCCAGGUAUUUUUGUCUUUCUAUUAUAUAGUUAUUCAAGCUUGUCUGUGAUUAACAGAAUUUGGUGUCAGAUGCUGGAAUUUAUUCUGACCAAUGAACACAGCUGACUCAAGGGAGUACAAUCUCUUGCCAAGUAAUAGAACAAAACCCAAUAUGCAUAAAACAAACACAAGAUUCUAGGCUUUAGCUGAAGAAGCAACUACCUGUGUAACAACAAAGCAGCAAAAACUAUUUCUUAUUUGGCUGCAUAGACUAUUACAUAUAAUAUCUAAUGUAGCUUACUACUUUGCCUUUUUUAAAACCAAGAUUGGACAUUUUCCUUUGUAAAGAAAACAAGUCUUAUGAGAUAAUGGCUUGAUUAAUGUUUUGAACACAAAUGAUAAGAAAUUGUUUAAUUAAAAUAAAUAAAUUAUUUUUUGAAA